AUGUGCUUUAUUCUAGUUUCCGGUGUGAGGAAGCAGCACAGAAAACAGCAGCAGCACUUUGACGAUCAACAGGAGACUCUGAGCUGCAGACAAACAUGUCUCUGUUCUUCUGGAGCUGUGACGAGUUCACCGAUCAAACGAAGGUUACGGACCAAUCCCUCGUCUCAGAGCCUGGACGCCUCCCUCCUCUCUCCUGACUCCUCCUACGUGUGUUACUCCUCAGCGGAGGGCAAUGCCCCCUGCUGCUGCCGCCGCUCUGCGCGCCUCCUCACCAACGGCUACUACGCCGUCACCGAGGACAGUUUCACCUGGGACGACGAGGGCAACGUGUCCCUGACGCCGUGUAAGACCAGCGUCUCCUACAAGGAGAACCCCGUCAGAGUUUUCCGCCGCAGACGACGACCUCGUGGCGCGUUGGCCCGCCUCCUCAGUGAUGUCACCGAGAGCUGCCAGACGUGGUUGGGCGAGAAAGUCUUCAGAGGUGUGUUUGGGACCCGACAGAACCUGAACCUGGACCUGGACCUAGACAGUGAGUAUUUGCGAGGUCACGACUGGUCCAGGAGCAGCCAGCAGGGGGCGGAGCCGGCGGUGCUGGAUGAGGCAUGGUCUGCACUGAGCAGCAGCGAGGUGGACGACAGCCGUGCUUUCACAUACGACCUGACAGAGGCAACGCCCCCUCCUGACAAAGUGUCCCUGCCCCCAGCGCUGCUGAUCCAGGAGGAGAUUUGCUCUGAGAUCUAUCAAUCAAAGGAGCUGGGUGGGCUCUCAGAAGUCCCGCCCCCUUCUGCAUUUUACACCAAUGCCUGCUGCUGUCAGAUGUCACCUGACCACACGGGUUUGACGAUGAAGACUUUUCUACUCCUCAUCUUCACCGUCUUCAUUGUCGCGGCUCUGAUCACGAGGUGUCCUUGGUGGAGCACAACGUUAGCAUCCACCGUGUUCGUGGCGAUGACGACGUGUAUGUUCCUGACGAAGGCAGGGCCAAUGGGCGAGUGGAGGAGAGCGAAGACGGAGGACAUUACAUCAAGAAACGAGUGAAAGACGGAAACGUCGGAGGGAAACUUCGCAGAAAUAUUCCACAUGGUUGUUACAGUAAAUGUUUGCAUGUAAGUGACGCAGUGUUCGUAGAGUUCUGGAAAACAUUUUACUGAAAAAAGUGUGACAAUGUCGCAUUUACGAACGUCAACCGUUCAUGAUCUGAGGGCGUGGCUUUAAUUUAACCUUCAAUUUAAAUCAAAAAAUAAAACAAAGUCAGGAUCCUUGACAUUAUAAUUGCGAUUUUUUUUAGGAUGGCAAAAGUAAAAUUGCGUUGAGUUGUGUUCCCUGUGUCAGAAGAAAAGCCGAGUCGACACUUUGUUUUCUGAUAAAAAGGAACUCAAUGCCAUGGCGAUGCGAGUUGCUGUAGUUUAGCUUCUAUGUGAGAUUCAGGAAGUCGUAAGACAAAAAAACGUGUCUUUUGUUUUUGUCAAACUUUGGUUAGGGCGAAAAUUGGGGAAAAUAAUUUUUUUUUCUUGAGAAAUCUGAACAAAAAUAAGAUGCUAGCAUGCUAAAGCUGCAGUAUUUUGAUUUUGUACAAAAAAGUUUGCAUCUUACUGUUGCAGUGCCAAAAAAAAAUGUUUUUCACAAGAUAAUUUUCCUUUAACCACCCGUCGAGUUUUCUGGGGCUAAUGCUAAGCUAACUGUGUUCAUAGUAAAACGCGUCAGAAGAAUCUCAAGGCCGAUGAGUUUUCAGGACAUUAUGUUUCACGACAUUUUCUUUGUUUUGUUUCAGUGAAAAUAUUUCAGUGUCUGAAGCUAACAGCGUAGUUUAAUUGAAAAAUAAUUUGCGUUCUCUUGCAUGAAUUGUUUCAUUUGUUUAUCGUUGACUGAAAACAAACCAAACAAUAUGUAACGAGCGUUUUAAAUAUUUAUUUGUGAGACUCUUUUUAGUGCCUUAAACACAGAGAAACCAACGGAAACAAAGACGCUUAAAAAACGCUGGUAAAUGUGUGGUGGAGUUUGAUUUAAGCUGUGCACUGGAGCAGACAGGUGGAGUUAACAUACAGUAAGUCGUGUUUGAAUCAGGUUUUGUUCGCACUCUGAGGCAGGGAUUUUUAAAGAUGGCAAUAAAUACAGAAAAUAAUCGUAAAAAAAAAGAAGUUUUCAUCAGGAAAAAAAAAUGCGAUCAAAGCAAACGUAAACAAAUGUACGGUAGUGUAUGACUAACGUAGAACUUUUAUCUCACGUAAAGAUUUGUAUGUGUUUUUUUGUGAUCAGUGAAUUUGCUGAGAUCGGGAAUGUUUCACUGAAAAAUUCUGCGAACUUUGUUGCGUUGUUGGGUUUGAUCGGGCCUGAGACUCCACGUUUUCGUGAAUCGGGAGUCCGAAUCGUCCAAUGUUAAUUUUAGUGCCAAACCUGUUGAGACUGGACGAUUCCGAACACCUUUACGUAUAUAACCGAUAUAUAACCGAUAUUUUUGAAUACUGCUCUGAGUGACUUUGUACGACUUUGCGUUUUAAAGCUGCAGAUAUUUUUUUAUAUUCGCGAUGAAUUGCCGUUAAAUGUCUCCACAGAGUCUUUUGGCCUCUUUCCACUCCUUGUUUUGGUUUCUGGGCGUAAAAAGUCUUCGCUAACUGGAUGAUUACGAAGAAACAGGACCUUCCUCAAAUCGUACAAAAGUGCGACACACAAGCUAAAGUCUGUCUUAAAGCAGACUUAACGUGUAUUUAAAAGGCCUUAAAACUAGGAGUGCAAUCUUUUUUUUCCCCUCAGGAGGAGAUGGAGACAAAAGAUGGAGGGAAAAAAAUGCAGGAACAUUUUUGAACUUUUAAUUCAAACUGUGAAUUAUUAUUAACUGCACAAACACUGGCACCCCCUGGUGGCCUCAAAUGAACAAGUAAAUGCAGCUUUAAAUCAUCAAAGUUUGAGAUAUCGCAGAAAUAUUAGUUAAUAUUAAUAAGUAGUUACGACGACGGGAAAUUCCUGAUAAAUAUCUGUGAUGAAUUUAAAACAUGAGUCUUAUUCCUGUUUUGUGUAUCUAUUCUUAAAGCACUUGUCACUAACCUUCACAAUAAUCAUGUGAUUAAAAUUAAACUGAAAAAACAAAAAACAAAGCGCUGACGUAGAUUUGAACUUUUAAAAAUUAGAUAAAUAUUAUAUUUAAAUAAAAUAAAUCGCUGUUUCAGUCAAGAAGUUGUGGUUUUGGACGAUGUGUAGUUGCCCGUUUGGGCCUCUUGAUGGAGCUGUGUUUUAAAGGUUUAACUUUAA